UUUGCCACUUUUUGCCAUCUAACUAUCUAGCCAUCCACACAUCCACCCAACCUGCCUCCUCCUAAUAAUGAAGUCAUCUUAUAUAGAUAAUUAAUCUGAACUGCAUCUGAUAUAUAAUUACUACAGCUGCUAUAUGAUAUCUGUCACUCAAACGUAAUUAUAGGUCGUUUUUCGCGCUGAAUUUACGACCUUUAGGGUCGUCUUUUGGGGGGGGACAGGCUCCCAAAUGUUGGAGGCUAGACAGGUUAGCGCCAUCUGCUGGAUGAGUUCCAUCUUUAAAACUGUAUCCCGUCUGUAUAUAUCACUCGGAUUUUGAGCAUGAAGCAGACAUAACACUCCUGUCAUAAUUAUAAACACAACAUAAACAUGAAAGAAUACUUUUCUGUGUUUAUGACUACCGUUCUGUUUACGUCACUUUCAACGUUGCUGAUGAACCACAGGCACAGGAAACAUGUCUGAGCAUGCCUCAUCAUCAAACACAACUAUUUGUUAAAGGUUGUUAAACUCUCACAGAUGAUCCAUACUUACUGUAAUAACGGGGUCACAAUAUUUCUCUGAUGUUACAUUGUUAACAGUUUGGAAGCUUAAUGAAAGAUGUUUUAAAAUGCUUUUUUCAUGAUUUUCAUUUGUCUGACAGUGUCACAAAUGAUUUAUUUGACCUCAAGAAUAAUGGUCACAGUGUAAUAACACUUAAUGACAUCUUAAUGUAGCUUUCAGACUCUUAUUAUUGACAAGUGAGGCACUAUAUUAAUUAGUAUGAACUGACCCCUUAGGUAUCGUGUCAAUGAAAUGAAAGUAGGUGAUGCACUCUGAGGAGAAAGUGAAGCCUCCUGGUUAUGCACAGGAUUUCUUAACUAGUGAAUUUACAAGCUGACGUACGACCUCUCUGGGAAAUGCACAGCUGCAGUCACAUAAACACUUGUCUUCUUCUUAUAAACAUAGUGUUUCCCUCACACAUAUCAAAUGAAGUCAGAGAGGCGCAUCUCUACACAGAAAAUCAUAGACGAGGGAUGUAUCUGCAGAUGACCCAGGAUGGGAGAGUGUCAGGAAGUGAUGCUCAGACCCCUUACAGUGUGCUGGAGCUGAAAUCAGUUGAACGAGGCCACGUAGUCAUCAAGGGACAGUCAACAUCUCUGUUUCUCUGUAUGGACAGCAGAGGCCGUCUGAGAGGGCAGAGGCACUAUGCAGAGGCUGACUGCACCUUCAGAGAACUGCUGCUGGCAGAUGGAUACACCCGUUUCCUCUCCUCACACAAUGGAUUUCCAGUGUCUCUGGCAUCAAAACACUCCCCAGAUCGACACUCAGUCCCCUUCACUCGAUUCCUACCAAUUAGGAAUACGUUGACAAGGGUGAGUGUGUCUGAACAACCACCAGACAAUGAGAAAUAUUUCAACGUGGACUCUGAUGACCUCCUUGGAAUGGGCCUAAACUCUAUGUCCAGUCCUCAGUUCUCAAUGAACAAGUAAAGGUGAAUAACACUAUAGAUACUAAAAGUGUCCUUUCAUUGACCUGGUCAAACCUGAAGACUUGAUUUUGUCAUGAGAUGCCAGGAUAUACUAAGCUGUACUGUGGUUUGGUCAUUUUCAACAUUUGGGGGAAACAUUAUUGUAAUUUAUUUAUUUAUUGUGUGUGUUGUGUGUUUCCAAUGGUCUGCUUUAAGCCUAAAUCAUUUUAAGUUAACCUUCUGGGAUUUUAUGCUUUGUAGUUUGAGAGCUGUAUGUUUGUGUCUGAGGAAGAAAUACCCCAUGUUGCAACAUUGUGUUAAUAUUUAUAUGUGAGGCUUUUGGAGUUUCUCUAAAAGUCCCGUAAGAUUAUGUAUGUACCUCUCAGGUGUGUUUCACACUGGAAAUAAGUUCUGAAUGAAAAUAAACAUAUCCCAAAUUUGA